AUGGCUUGGGAGUGCUCUUCUCUGGUGAACCCUACGGCGGGCUUCCUCCUCCCUCGCGGCCUUCUUGUCGGCGGCGGAUGCCGUUCACGCUGGUCAUUCGCUUCGAGGACAGCGCGCCCUCCUGUGGACGCGGUCGACGUCGCAACUGCCGCCCGCAGCCGCUGCGGCAGGAGGAGGCGCCACAUGGUCGUCAGCGCCCGCCUGGAUGACUCUGCGGACGGGGGGCAGCAGCAGGAGGCGCUCAAUUUCUCCGUCCUUCGGUUUACUCUCGGUGAGUACGUUCCUGCUGUCUACUCGGAGCUGCCAUUGAGACAAUUUGGAGCGCUGAUGCAGUUGAUUUAGAGAAUUUUGAUGGUUGUCGUUGCAGGAAUCCCAGGGUUGGAUGAGUCCUAUUUGCCCAGAUACAUUGGCUUGGCGUUCGGUUCCCUCAUCGUCCUGAAUCAUCUCCUCGGCUCCUCUGAUUCCCCAACACCUGCUCAGCUGGUCUGCUCCACAAUCCAAUCCCCAUUGGUUCCCCCUCUUUCUAAGGAACUCAUAAAAAACAGCUCGUGAUUAUGGACAAGAAUUGCUUGUUUCCUGGGGUUUCUUCAUGAUAACCAGAUGCCCGAACUACUAUUUCUUUUUUUCAGAGAUCUGAGGCGCUGGGUAUUUGCUUAGCCGCUUUCUCCUUCGCCCUCCCCUAUUUUGGGAAGUUUCUUAAGGUACCGUAUCGCCCUCAGUUUUCUCCCAUUGACUCUGGAGUUGACUAUCCGCAGUUUUUAACUAAAAUAGAUAAAUCAAUUGGCUCUGAUCGAAGUUGAAAUUUUUGUAUUAUGUCAACAUUUACUGCUAGAAACUGUUGAAUGUUCACAUGAUGUCACUCUGAGUGAGGAGAAAACCUAUGAGCAUAAAAGUCACCCGUUGUGUCUAAAGAAACUAACGCCAUGGCGUUUCCUCACAAAAUGCUUAGAAGUCAAAUGCUUGAAGACAAUUUAGGAUGACAGAGAUGAAAAUAUCAACAAUGGAGGGUAGACGCAGACUGUUCAUAUGAAGAUUGUGAGAGGAUCACAAUUGCCAGAGCUACUGAACAAUAAUGAUACAACCUCGAAUUGAGAGGAAACCCGGUACCUUGUAUAUCAGAAUGAGAGAAGGGAUCACGGAAGAAGCCGAAACAAUAAGAGUGACUGAUAGGUGAUGAAAUCAGGUGAAAACGAUUUUCUGAGGAGAUUGUGUGGUUUAGUCCUAUGAAAUUAUUGAUUCUAAGGAUAGGAGGCCCAGAAAGUGUGGGGGAGCAGCUUUGAAGUGGGAAAGAUCUUGAGGACUAUAUAUUCCAAUAUUAUAAGCUACUGUUAAUGAGUAGAGAGGAGUGGAAGUGUGAAAUGAGGAAUUUUUCCUGUAAUUCUAGUCAACCCUUUUGAUGAAGCAGAGGCAGAUGAUUCCACCAGGGAGGGUGAUAAGUUUUCAAGAACAGGACAUUUUGUAUGUUAUUUUAUCAGCCUUGCGGAAUAUUCAGAGAACAGUUCAUUAAAUUGGAUCAGGGGUUUGAAUGUUAUUUUUUUUAACCUGUGCUGAUGUGUGGAAGGAUGCCUUUUGAUCGCAGAUAUACCAUUAUUGUCACCUGCUACAUCGCUAGGAUUGAGACUGAUGAAAAUUUGAGGAUUUCAUCUUCAGUACGAAGCAGAAAAUUUGAGGAUUUCUUUUUUUUCAAUUUUUCAUUUUUUCUUGGGUAAGCUCCGGGAAAAAUGCUGCCAAUGGCCGUUUCGGAACGUUGUCCGUCGAAGAAACUACUGAAGAACCAGAUUGUCUUUUUUUUGCUGUUGACUUUUCGAUCUCUAGCUUAUAUUUUCAACCAAUGAUCUUUUCUAGCCAUCACGUUGAUGCCUCCAUAAAGAUUCCAUUUCCAGGAAGUCAGACCGGCUGAGGAUUUCAUGCAUCCGAGAUGGGUCCCCAGAUGAUAGCCGUGUCAAGUACUUGAUGACUCCCAAAGCCGACAGCUUUAUGUGGAAAUUCCUUUUUACGAUCUUAAUGCCAUAGCGAAGCGAGAUCCUCAGAUGCCCAAGGCCUCGAAAUCGCAUGCAGAGGUGUCUGGAUUGCUGUCUCCAUGGUCAAGAAACCCUCAUUGGAAUCCCUCUUGUGCAUUCCGUUCUAGGUUCAUACUAUUCCACCCCCAGUUACAGAGUUGAAUAUACCUUCUUUAUGCUUGGAGCUGGCCCAGGUGCAGGCUCUGCCCAUUCCCGUCGACUUUCACUGUUCGUCUUCGAUAUCUGUGGCAAAGUUCUGGAAAUGUGAAGAAAUUUGGGACCGACCCAUGAAAUUUUCUGUUCAUAUUUCUACCUGAUGUCAUUCUAAUUUGGUUGAUUUGUGUGCCCAGGGGACCGGCCCUGCGGAUCGAUCCAUUGUACCAGAAGGAAACACCCAGAUUUUCGCCAUCUCAGAGGAUGCGCCAGGCAUCCAAAAGGAAGAUCUCGCCUGGGCCUCAUAUGUUAUUCUGCAAAACACGAAUACGAUCUCUGUGGUAUCAUUUCAGAUCCGUCUUCGUUGCAUUAGAUAGCCCGCCUGGCUUUUCUUUGGAACGUUUUCGUUGACUAUAUCCUCUUCUCUUGGCCAGCUUAUAUCGGCUGGUGACAAACUAUGCAUUCGUGGCUACUGGAAUGUUCCCGAAGAGGCUUCGAAGGCCCAAAUACUUGACCUAUUUCGGAGAGAGAUUCGAGAAACAGGGUUGACCGGUCUGAAAGACCCGCUGUACUUUCCUCUGGGCGCAGGUAGAAUCCAAUGGCCUGUCUUUGCAUCAUUCUGGAGGGCUAGGCAUUCUCACAGAGCACUGCACCCCUCCCAGCCAUGGUUUUUUUUUUCUUUUUCUUUCAAUUUUAUUAGACAGCCCAUAAUAAUUUCAUGAAGAUAGGAUCAUAAAUGUAUAUUAAUAUUAACUAAUCAAUAUAUAUUUAUAGUACGUGCUUCAUGAUCAUAUCAUAGUGCAGAAUGAUGCCAGUUUCUUAUAUUCGGGAGAUGCUUGGAAACCAUGUUUUAUUUAGUAAUAAUCAUGCUGCUUUGCUUCAUCUGAAGAUAUAUUUUCCUCCACGGCGAUCAAUUUUUCUCCCUCGGAUUUGUCCCGAGUCAUUGGCUGCAGAUUCACAGUUCAUGGGAAUACUGCCCAAGGGAGCACUUUCAGUGCUGCUGCAGCCGACCUAUGGAGCUCGUGAUCCGAGCGGAGAUGGAGGCGGGGACGUUGAAGGCUUCGUCCUGUUGGCAUCUAAUGCAAGAUAUGCGUACAGAGAUAGCGACCGAGCUUGGAUAAAAGUAAUGGCAGAUAAGUUCCAAGGUAUGAAUGCAACAUGUCGAAAUGCUGUAAGCGCUGAAAUUUCCGCAUGA